CUGUAAAACUGUAAUUAAUUAGUAUGUAAAUGCAGUUGUCUUCACUAGGGCCGAAGCAUGAUGAGAUCGAUUUCGAGUUCUUGGGGAACCUGAGUGGUGACCCUUAUAUUCUACAGACAAAUCUGUUCACCCAGGGAGGAGGCGGCAGGGAACAGCAGAUUUACCUCUGGUUCGAUCCGACUGCUGAUUUCCACACCUAUUCAAUCCUCUGGAAUCCCCAGAGAAUCAUAUUCUCAGUAGAUGGGACGCCCAUCAGAGAGUACAAGAAUUUAGAGUCCAUAGGAGUUCCUUACCCGAAAAAGCAGCCGAUGAGGGUAUACUCCAGCCUGUGGAAUGGGGCAACAAGAGGUGGCCGUGUGAAGAUAGAUUGGAGUCAGGCUCCAUUCACAGCCUCCUACAGAAAUUUCAAGGCCGACGCCUGCAUUUGGUCCGCCGGCUCCUCGUCCUGCACUGCUAAGCACCCUAUCCCUGCUUCAACUUCAAACAGCAGCAAUGCAUGGCUAGACAGAGAACUGGAUACAUCAAGCCAAGAAAGAUUGAAGUGGGUCAAGAAGAAUUACAUGGUAUACAAUUACUGCAACGACACCAAGCGAUUCAUACACGGUUUACCAGCAGAAUGCACUACCACUGUGUCAUGAUGAACAUAAAGAGAGAUGAUAUAGAUAUAUAGUGUAUUUCAUUACAUUCUUGGCAAAUAGAAAUAGUUCACAGGCAUAUACAGUACAUUUCUGUAUUCAAGGUUGUAGUAUUCUUUGA